GAGGAAUACUUCCACUGUGCUUUAAAUACUGAGGCAGCCUUGAGCAGCGGGUCCAAGAUCAAAUGUCAGGGAAGCGUCUCGGUUUGUCCGUCAUCGACAAUGUUCCGUCUGAAGCCUGAAACACAGAGGACGCUUUGAAAGGCAGCGGGACGUUCGCUGGAUAUUUGGAUGGCGGAAAGAUCCCGGAACGAGAAGCGGCGGUAAUAAAUAAUUCCCAGACCAUGAACUAUGUGGGUCAGCUGGCGGGCCAGGUGUUUGUCCAGGUCAAGGAGCUGUACCGUGGGCUCAACCCCGCCACGCUGUCUGGAUGUAUAGACGUCAUCGUCGUCCGGCAGCCCGAUGGCUCCCUGCAGUGCUCCCCCUUCCACGUCCGCUUCGGCAAAAUGGGCGUCCUGCGGUCCCGCGAGAAAGUGGUGGACAUAGAGAUUAAUGGAGAGCCGGUGAGUUUGCACAUGAAGCUGGGAGAGAAUGGAGAGGCCUUCUUUGUCAAAGAGACUGAGAACACACUGGAAGUUGUGCCUUCCUACCUGGCAACAUCACCCAUCAUGUCAACAGGGGAGGAGUUAAUGGCCUCCCAGCUGGGCAGGGGCGUCUCCCGUCACCAAGAUGCCGUUUCCAGCGCCUCGCUCUCUGUCCAGAACCUGGGACCGCAGCAAAGUGAUGGAGGGAUGACCAAGAAGAGGCGAAAGAGGAGGAGAAAGGCACGGCCAGAAGGAGGAGGAGGAGGUGGAGGAAGGAGAGAGGAAAGCGGGGAGGAGUUCUCAGAGGAUGAAGACAUGUUCACCAUCGAUAUGAGCUCUGAUGAGGAGAGAGAGGAUGAUGGCGGCAGAGCCAGCUUCGGUGAUCAGGGGCCAAAAGCCAGUGUGUUGAGCAGCACCUACACACACACCAGCACUGACUGGACUCUCUCAAAGAGCACUAUUGAGGAGACUCUGUCCAUCCCUCCGUCUGGCGGUCUGUCCAUCUCUUGUCCUCAGCAGACUUCUCACUUCCCUUCCCAUGUUAGCAGCCGCGAUGAUUCACGGUCAUCGACUCCGAAGAGUGACUCGGAGCUAGCCAAUCAGAGCAAAGACAACCCUGAGAUGCUGUGGGCAUGGGGGGAGCUGCCACAUGCUGCCCAGCCUUCCUUCCUGGCGUCCCACCCGAAGCAGGACCCUAACACCGCAGGCACCCCAGUGUCCAUCCCGGUGUCAGACAGCACUCACUUCAGAGCCAUCGCAGACACGGGGCCCUCGUCCCUCACGCUCUACGUCCCUCAGCCUGGGGAGACUCACGGUGGGACUGAGGGAGCUGCAGCUAAGUCUGGGGACAGGGCCAGCGGAGAGCCAGGGAGAGAGGUGGAAAGUGUGGGUGCAUCAUGUGGUGAGCUGGAGGGGUUGGCAGCCUCCUCGAUGUCUCCCAGGACUCUCCCUGAUCAUCUGGAUGAGGGAGGGAACAGAGGGAGUCCCGUCAGAAGAACGGAUUCACCAUCCAAAAGAAAAGAAAAGAGGAGCCAACACCUGGGUGCUGAUGGCAUAUACCUGGAUGACAUCACGGAGCUGGAGCCUGAAGUUGCUGCACUAUACUUCCCUAAAAGCGAUGGUGCCGGUGGCUCAGUGAAGGGGGGCUCUGACUUGAUGAUGGGUGUGCGGAGCGCCAGCCAGUCCCCUCAGUCGGUGGGUAGCAGUGGGAUGGACAGCGGCGUGGACAGCUUGUCAGACCAGCUGGGAGACCUGCCGCACGUCGCCAUCUCUCUGUGUGGAGGACUGACGGACAACAGAGAGAUCACAAGAGAGCAGUUCCAGGAGAAGGCUAUCACCUUCCAGCAGUUCUCUGAAAACCCCUCCGUCAUCGAUGACCCCAGCCUGGUGGUCAAGAUAGGAACCAAGUACUACAACUGGAGCACUGCAGCUCCUCUCAUGUUGGCCAUGCAGGUCUACCAGAAGCCUCUGCCACAGGCCUCAGUGGAGACCAUCAUGAAAGAGAAGAUGCCAAAGAAAGGAGGACGCUGGUGGUUCUCAUGGAGAAGCAGAAACAGCAACUCCAAAUCAGAUUCGGUGACAGAGGUGGGAGACAGAGCAGAGAGUUCCCUCAGUAUGAACAGGAUGAAGGAUGAGUCUUCCUCCAGUGAUGAGGACCACAGAUUGUCCAAUCAGGUGACGGGAUCCUGCCCGUCGGAGCCCCUCUUCGGCUCCAGCAGUGUCUGCUAUAAGAAGACCCUUCGGCUCACAUCAGAGCAGCUGGCUAGCCUACAGUUGAAGGAGGGUCCUAAUGACGUGGUGUUCAGUGUCACCACCCAGUAUCAGGGCACCUGUCGUUGCCAUGGCACCAUCUACCUCUGGAGCUGGGACGACAAGAUUGUCAUCUCUGAUAUAGAUGGAACCAUCACCAGGUCAGACACCCUCGGCCACAUCCUGCCCACCCUGGGUAAAGACUGGACCCACCAGGGCAUCGCACGGCUCUACCACCGAGUCAGCCAGAAUGGCUAUAAGUUCAUGUACUGCUCAGCAAGAGCCAUCGGCAUGGCUGAUAUGACCCGAGGCUACCUGCACUGGGUCAAUGAGAGGGGGACCAUGCUGCCCAUGGGCCCAGUGCUGCUCAGCCCCAGCAGCCUUUUCUCUGCUUUGCACAGGGAGGUGAUUGAGAAGAAACCAGAGAAGUUCAAGAUCGAGUGUCUGACAGACAUCAAGCACCUGUUCUACCCAAAUACGGAACCCUUCUAUGCUGCCUUUGGCAAUAGGGCUACGGAUGUGUACUCCUAUAAGCAGGUGGGUGUUCCUCUGAACAGAAUAUUCACAGUCAAUCCAAAGGGGGAGCUGAUACAGGAACAUGCCAAGACCAACAUCUCCUCCUACGGGCGUCUGUGCGAGGUGGCAGACCACGUUUUCCCGCUCCUGAUCCACGGUGAGGUGUCAGACUUCCCCUGUUCGGACACCUACAGCCAGUUCACCUACUGGAGGGAGCAGCUUCCUGAUGUCACCAGCGAGGAGGAGGACCCACAGCUCCUGGAAACCAGCUGAGGAAGAUACACCAGACCUGACGCCGAGGCCACUGCAUUCCAGCCUCUUCCUGCUGUGGUAUUGUGAUGAACUGUGAACUGGGCAGCCCAUCAUGUAGGACUGAUGAAGUAGCAUUCGAUCGAUUGGGGUUAGAAUCACUUAUCCAAGCUCUGUGAGAUUUGGCAGUCACCCCUCCACCCAGGUCUUUCAAGGUAUAAAAAACCAGUACUUCAGAUAACUACAACUACCUGAGAAUCUCCUUCGUCCACUUCCGCCUCCACCCACCAAACAGGAAGACGACAAGCAGCUUAGGAAAACCUUGCACCGUGAUUUCAAGAUUCAGAACAACUCUUUCAUCUAGUCUAAUUUUCAGGGAUGUGAGCAGGGUAACUCAAAAAAAAAAGCAAGACAUCAUGGGAGUUAAUAGGGAAAAUGGGAGUUUUCCGUUCAAAUAAGAAGGAGCAGUGUGUGUCCUGAGUGAAAAAAAAAAAAAAAAACAUCCCUGAUGAUCUUCGGCAGCCACUUGGGAAUGUGUAUCCGUGCCUCUACCUCUGCUAUGCCUGAAGACACGAGGAGAGCCAGCCACAGGGUUACAAACACGUGUCGGUGUGUCAAGUGUUAGCAAGCCACACGCUUGUAAGUGCACAGACUGACGCACAGAACACAAAUACACACGUGCAAAUGAGUUAAACAUGCAGAGACAUUCCCUAGAUACAGUUCGUUUGAAAGCACAAGUGAGAGUUGUGAAGUUGAGCCCCACAAAAGUUUCCUUUCAACUUUCACAGGCUGACCGGCCGCUGUUCACUUUGUCCAUACACAGCAGAGUGAAGGUUGCACCAACAUGCUUUUCUGAGGCUGAUGACACUACCUAAUUUUCCCCCGGUGCUGCUUGUUGUAAGAAUUUAGAAUACAAAUAGGUGUACAAAUCAGGUUAAGCAUUUCAGCCACGCCUGUCUGCAAAUAAUCAAGCGUUACCACGGGUGCUGGGAUGAGCAGUCUCAUAACGAGAAAGCACUCGACCACGUCAGUCAAAGAUGAAAUCAAACGUUUUUUUCUUUCUCGGACAGCCUGCAGGCAUGCCACGCCACAUACAUUUUCCAGGUGUUUGCACAAAUUCAACACACUCUCUGCUAGGUCAGAUAAAAGACCACUUGGAAAUUAGUGGUUCAAUGAAACAAAAAGCACUUGCGCACACACACACUCACACUCACACACAUGCACAGACACACACCCAAGAGGAACUUCCAGGUUCCUUAUACACAGCCAGUUCCAACAGUGUUGCCUGUAAAAAAAAAAUAUGAUUUUGAUUGUCAUUUUCACAGCCCAAAUCAGCUGAUACUGAUUGUCUAACAAUACACAGAUGUAUCGGUAAUUUUUAAUCUCCUUGAAAAAGAAGACGGCUUGUUGUUUAACUGCGCAACGACCAGAGGCACAGUAUUCACCAGAUACAAAGUAGUGAGUCAGUGUCUCUGUUUAAGUUACUAAAUAGUGAGGAAACUGUUGGGGAUGGUCAAGUGUAUUAAUUUUCUGACCUCAUGUAAAGUAGAUGCAACACAACACUUGCAACUAAUUGUACCAGGAACAUUACAUGACAGUACUGUGCAACCAUCCAGAACUUGUUAAAAAAAAAAAAAAUUAGCACAGAUAGUACGUGUGUUAUCAUCAUCUGUGCCAAUCCCCUUAGUUAGCCGAAGGUGUGUGUUCUGUGACCGCACCACUGUGAAACACGUGGCUCUGGCGCACUCGCGGGGGUGUUCAGCGACUAAUACUCAUGAUUAAUGCAGAACAAUGCAAGUUCAGUCAUAUUUUCUUCUCUGUUCUGUCAGUCAUUUUAUAAAGUAUGUGUAAAUAAAUGAAAUAUAUAUGGUAGAAUAUAACAGUGUAGUUCGCUCACUGUGUGUACGUUAUUCCAAUGACCGAUGCUCAUCAAUGCAAUUGUUACGAUCAAACGGAAACACGUUGUUUCAUCAUUUUAGUGUUUGGCAAAAACGCUGCAGGGAUUAAACGUCGUUCUACACUCACUGCCAAAAAUAAACACGACAGCGAGCUAAUUUCUAAUCUCAUUUUACUAGUGUGAUACAUAAUAGAUCUCCACUUUUCAAUAUGAAGUGGUGAGAGGUGGCAGCGAUCGUGAUUAUGGUUGUGUGUGUGUGUGUGUGUGUGUGUGUGUUUCUUUUGGCAGUGAGUACACUUUCUACAGCAUAGCACUGAUCUUCCCUGUGGUUGACGAUUGGACACAGUAUUUAUAGAUGCUGUGUUGGGUUUUCUCUUCAGAUGCGAGGCCUAUACAGACUUGUUUUUGGUGGUGUGGUUUUGUUUGUUUUCAUUCAUUUGUUCUCAAUUUUCCACGUUUUGCUUUUAUUAAUUACGUACUAUAAGGAAAAAUCAGUUACUGGACUGCAGUCGUGUGGCAGAUGGCGGUCUGCCACUUUAUUGUACUACCUGUGUAACUUACAGAAGAGGAAAACCACUGUGAUUUGCAAGAAUGUAAUAUGAACCUUGUGUUAAUGAACUCUGCUCUUUUGAUGCUCGUUUAAUUGCAGCCAUGUCAUUUCUUUUUUUCGAGGCCAGAGGAAACAUCGCUUUUCAGUGGAAAUUUCACCAUCAUUUUUGCACGGACUGAUGGUGUUUUCACAGGACAACCACUUUAGCAAUAGAUUAGCAUAUUUUAUAUAUAUAUAUAUAAAAAAAAUCCAAUAGACUGUGCAUGAUUCCUGAUGUAUUGUCAACUACAAAUUGUGAAGAGUUUUUUUUUUUUUUUUUUUUUUUUUUUUUUUUUUUUUUUGGUGCCUUUGGUCUGUCGUAGGCCACAAGGCAGCUUGUCACGUGAUUAUAAGCUCAAAUUCUAAGUGUUGUGUCCCCCGUUACCCAUGAGAGGGCUUCACUGACCCAAAAAACAACUCUGCCUGUUCAAUUGGAGAUGCAAAAUUGUAGGGUUGAAAGCAGUGUUGUGUGUGCAACAUUAAAGAGAUUAUAGCUUCAAGAAGAUGCAGAAUUGGGCAAGGGAAGAAACUGUUGAUUGCAUAGAGACGUUUCUACAACCCUUUUGAUUCCAGUUCCCCCGAUGGGGAAGCUGCACUGAAAUAUCUUGGAGAAACUUGUGCUCUAAUAUCAAGUUUGUCCUGUGCAGCAGCAGUCAGUCAAUCAAACCUCCGGAACAGAAAAGACCAUCAAAAGGUCUUUUGACUGUUUCUUGGUGAAUGUUUAUUGUAUAUGUACAUAGGAAGAUGUAUGAUGCUAUAUUGUGAUUGGCAUGAAUUAAUAUAAAACUUUGAAUGCAGAGCAACAGUUUCCCAACAGUAUCGUGGCACCAACACUGCAAGACAAAACUGAAAUGAUCUCAAUUUAGAUAAAUAGACAGAUACAGAGAGUAUUUUGAAAAUAAUGCAACCUGACAGGUGAUUUGUGUCAUAAUUUCAGUGCAUCAUUCUCCCCAGCUGUCAGGGAAUCACAGAUAAUGUCAUGUAAGACAUCCCUAUUUUAAAAGAGGGUAUAAUCCAGUUGCUAAAUGUGAUCUCAAUAGAUGUGAAAGAAUAUACUGACAUAAUGUAUUAAACCGAGCAAGAGGGGUGUGCAGGACUUUUGAGCUGAUUGUUGUUGUUUGCUUAAAGGAAAAACUGAGAAUUAAGUUUAACCAAAUUCGAAACUUUGUUAAGAUGCUGUAAUGAGUCCAGUCCAGAGUAGUUUGAAUAUUUGAAGAGGAAAAAAAUAGCAUGCAGCUCCUGUGUUACGACACAUACUUCAUAUGCAUCUAAUCAUCACUGUCUUGUCACCAGAUUUCUACAAACUGUGUUAGGGAUUAUAAACCCUGUUUCUGAUGACGGUAAUAUCACUUUAUUCUUUCUGUGAAAGAUGGAUCAGCGUGCUUGGCUAAUUAUCCAGUCUGUCUCUGUCCUCACAUGGAUGUCCAUACAGUGUGCUGUGUACGUGUGUUUAUGGUCAUGUUUUUCAAACCAAGUAGCAUUCUACCAAGCAGUGUGCAAAGUAAUAAGCUAUGUUAAUAAUCUAGUUUGAACAAAUUAUGUACAAUGAACACAUCUUUCA